AAUUUCAUAACAGUACAGCAAGGUUAAAGAUGGGAGUCCCAGACUUCCAAGAAAGACAUGGCAAGAGGUUAGGAAAUCAGGUUCACAAGAGCUCCAAGAAACAUCAGGCCUUUCGAAAAUGAACCGAAAUCACUUCAUCUCUGCCAUGAAUUUCUCAUACUCUGAAUCAGCUCCAUACGACGUCUUUUCGGCCAAUGAGUUGGGAGGUGGAAUAGCUGCAUUUCCAAUGCUUUGGGAUUGAUCUGCAGAUGUGACUGUGGAAAUCAGCUUGCACUUGCAAUGCAACAGAUUGAGGCAGCCGGUAGAGGUGUACUUGUAUAUUUACGCGGACAUGAAGGUAGGGGUAUUGGAUUGGGCCACAAGCUCCGUGCUUAUAACCUACAGGAUGAUGGGCGCGAUACCGUAGAAGCCAAUGAGGAUUUGGGAUUGCCUGUUGACUCUAGGGAGUAUGGCAUUGGUGCGCAGAUACUGAGGGAUCUAGGUGUUCAAUCUAUGAAGUUGAUGACUAACAAUCUAUCCAAAUAUAUUGGUCUCAUAGGUUAUGGUUUAACUGUUUCUGGUAGGAUCCCAUGCUAUGAUUCACCGCAGCAGCAGCAAGAGCAGAAGCUUCCUCUGCAUUUAUCCUUGCCUCCUCAGCUUUUGUAAGAGACUCGUCUGACAUAAUCCUCUUUUCAACAUUCCAGCCACUUUUGAGGCGAUCAGGAAGAGAUAGAGGAGAUACAGACUCAACUGAUUUCAACAGUAGUUACGGGCACAUUCACAACAGGGGUUGCAGUGGCGUUAGCAGG